CACGUGUCAGCAUAUGAGCGAUUUCACUCGCCGAUACGGUUGAACGGCGAGGGUCAUUUCGGCAGAACCGGUGGAAAGGAAAGCAAGAAAGGAAGGAGGAGAGCUGUGUCAUUUUUCCUUGAUGAAGCAGGACUGGACAGGAUGAUUGAUUAAAAAUAAUUUCUGCUUUAUUUUUUCCGGCUCUGUAUAAUAAAGUAGUUGUAGUUUUAAUUCUAAUGGCUUCUCCUCCUUCUUGUUCGUCUUCUCAUACCCUCUCCGCAACCUCGAUCUUACCUUCACGAACCUUGCCAAAAUUGUCCUUUCCUUCUUCCUCUUCUUGGUCCUCUUGCUGCUGUUACUUUUACGCUCCUCCGAUACCUCUCCCUGUAAUUGCCCUCAGAGGAGCUCGACGCAGGGCACGCCGGAGGCCGCCCGAGAAGCAGGACAUGUCUUCCGUCCCCAUGUCCAUUCCGGCACAUCGGCGCGACAAAAGCGACGAGCCAUUUCUCAAAUCUGUAGAUAUUGUAGGUUCUGGUAAAGGGGAAAUACUAACGACGGAAUUUGAAGGACAAGCAGCUUCCACAAGUAGGAAUGUGACCCGUAAGAGCGUGUAUGGCAGUAACAGAAUCAAAUGCUUUGGGGUGGAGUUGUCACCGGAUAAUAUUGCAGUGGCGAUGGUGUACUUUGUUCAAGGUGUUCUUGGGCUCUCCAGACUGGCUGUCAGUUUCUACUUGAAAGAUGAUUUGCAUUUGGAUCCCGCAGAGACAGCUGUGAUAUCCGGCUUCUCGGCAUUACCGUGGCUUGUUAAACCUCUGUAUGGAUUUAUCAGUGAUUCGGUUCCACUGUUUGGUUAUCGAAGAAGGUCGUACUUGGUACUGUCUGGCCUGCUUGGUGCUCUUUCUUGGAGUUUGAUGGCUACCAUGGUUGAUGACAAAUAUGGAGCUGCUUUAUGCAUUCUUCUUGGGUCAUUCUCAGUUGCCUUCUCCGACGUUGUUGUGGAUUCAAUGGUUGUAGAGAGGGCUCGUGGUGAAUCACAAAGCACAUCAGGAUCUCUUCAGUCUUUAUGUUGGGGUUCUUCAGCUUUUGGUGGGAUCGUUAGCUCUUACUUUAGCGGUUCACUGGUAGAGGCUUAUGGUGUAAGGUUUGUUUUUGGUGUCACGGCUCUUCUACCGCUUAUAACAUCUGCAGUUGCUGUCCUUGUUAACGAGCAGCCUGUACGCGUUUCAUCUCGGGGAAAUAUUCUUGCUCUCUCCAGUCCCAGUUUCCUGGAAACCUCUAAGCAUCAUAUUAUUCAGUUGUGGGGUGCUGUUAAGCAGCCCAAUGUAUUUCUUCCAACGUUGUUCAUAUUCCUGUGGCAGUCAACCCCACACUCGGACUCUGCCAUGUUUUACUUCACCACAAACAAACUUGGUUUCACACCAGAGUUUCUUGGUCGAGUCAAGCUGGUUACAUCAGUUGCAUCAUUGGCCGGGGUUGGAUUGUACAAUGGGUUCCUGAAAAAUGUCAGCUUCCAGAAGAUCUUUCUUGGAACAACACUUAUUGGUACAGCACUUGGAAUGACUCAGGUAUUUCUUGUUACGGGGUUCAACCGAACACUUGGCAUCAGCGACGAGUGGUUUGCAAUCGGAGAUUCCCUAAUCUUAACUGUCCUCGGCCAGGCUUCAUUCAUGCCAGUUCUUGUGCUAGCUGCGAAAUUAUGCCCGGAAGGAAUGGAAGCAACACUGUUUGCAACUCUCAUGUCGAUAUCAAAUGCAGGAAGCGUGCUCGGAGGUUUGGUUGGCGCUUUCCUCACUCAGUCUUUCGGAGUAACAAGGGACAGCUUUGACAACUUGGCGGUGUUGGUCAUUCUCUGCAAUCUCAGCUCGCUAUUGCCUCUACCGCUCCUCGGCCUUCUCCCCAACGAUACUUCUGAGUCCACUUCAAAGGAAACGGAUGACGAUGACGUUGAGAUGAAAUCUAAUUGAUAGAAGAACAAACUGCUUACAGGGAGGGUAAUAUAUAGGUAUUAGUGACUGGAAGCAUUCAGUGACAGGGAUGAAUCAUAUAAUCCCUUAGCUUGUAACCAUUUUGAAUGGGCAACACUCUACUUAAUUUACUUUUCAUGUGUAUCAGACUCGUCAGUUAUUAACUUACCUGGAAGGCAAUAUUCGAAACAGAAAACAGCUGGGGGCAGUCGAGGGCCCAUUUGGGCCUGGGGCUGGGCUGUCACCUGAAGGGAAAGAUUGUGGGUCAACUGGGCUCCAGUUGGAUACGGAAAUCGGACGAAUCACUAGUCCAGAGCCCAUGUCGAGCGGGAUUAAGCACCCACAUGGUGGGGGUGACAAGCGUUUCUUGUUUGUAGGUAGAGUUCAGGUUGAAUAUUUUUGUGUGCAAGUGUAGGUUGGGAUAUGUACGAGUAUUUGGUUUAAAAGAGAAAUACAUGGAUUGUUAAUUUUUUCAGAGCACUUCUAUUAUACUAUAUAGUAUUGGUGCUUUAAUGAUCAACUUGAAGUUGUAACAUUAAAUUUAUAAAUUUAGG